CCGGGCGGCGGCGGCGGCGGCGGCGCUGCGCUGCGCUGCGCUGACUGGGCUGGGCCGGGCAGCGGCCGCGACGGAGAGGGUUGCCGAGGCCACUGAGCUGCUAACGGGGUGGCCAGUCCGUUGCUGUGCCCUCUAGCAGCCUCUUAGCGCGGCCGGCAUUCCCUGGGCGGCAUCUGGCCGCGGCGCUCAGCCUGUUAGCGAGCUCCGGUGGGCACACCCCGGCUUGGCGGCGGCGGCGGACAGGUUAGAGUGGGGGAAGGGGCAGGCGCGGGAGCAGCCCUGGGCCACAGAGGGAGCCUAAAGCCAGGCCGUCUCCAGCCAUGUCCGACGAGACGUCGGCCACCACUUCAUACGAGAAGUUUCUAACCCCCGAGGAGCCCUUCCCGCUUCUGGGACCCCCUCGCGGAGUAGGCACCUGCCCGAGCGAGGAGCCAGGCUGCCUGGACAUCAGCGACUUCGGCUGCCAGCUUUCCUCUUGUCAUCGCACGGAUCCACUCCACCGCUUCCACACCAAUAGGUGGAAUUUAACUUCUUGUGGAACAAGUGUUGCCAGCUCAGAGUGCAGUGAGGAGCUAUUUUCAUCAGUUUCUGUUGGAGAUCAAGAUGAUUGCUAUUCUCUGUUAGAUGAUCAAGACUUCACUUCUUUUGAUUUAUUCCCUGAGGGGAGUGUCUGCAGUGAUGUCUCUUCUUCUAUUAGCACAUACUGGGAUUGGUCAGAUAGUGAGUUUGAAUGGCAGUUACCAGGCAGUGACAUUGCCAGUGGGAGUGAUGUACUUUCUGAUGUCAUACCUAGUAUUCCGAGUUCACCUUGCCUGCUUCCUAAAAAGAAAAAUAAGCAUCGGAAUUUAGAUGAACUUCCUUGGAGUGCAAUGACAAAUGAUGAGCAGGUGGAAUAUAUUGAGUAUCUGAGUCGUAAAGUCAGUACAGAGAUGGGUCUUCGGGAGCAACUUGAUAUUAUAAAAAUAAUUGAUCCUUCUGCUCAAAUUUCCCCUACAGACAGUGAGUUUAUUAUUGAACUUAACUGUCUCACAGAUGAAAAACUUAAGCAGGUCAGAAACUAUAUCAAGGAGCAUAGCCCUCGCCAACGGCCUGCAAGAGAGGCCUGGAAGAGAAGCAACUUUAGUUGUGCAAGCACCAGUGGAGUGAGCGGGGCCAGUGCCAGUGCCAGCAGCAGCAGUGCCAGCAUGGUCAGUUCUGCAAGCAGCAGUGGGUCCAGUGUUGGAAACUCUGCUUCAAACUCCAGUGCCAACAUGAGUCGAGCACACAGUGACAGCAACUUGUCUGCAAGUGCAGCAGAGCGGAUUCGGGAUUCAAAAAAGCGAUCCAAGCAGCGGAAGUUACAGCAGAAGGCUUUACGCAAGAGGCAGCUCAAAGAGCAGAGGCAGGCUCGGAAGGAGAGGCUCAGUGGGCUCUUCCUUAAUGAAGAAGUGCUGUCCUUGAAAGUGACUGAGGAAGACCAUGAAGCAGAUGUAGAUGUUUUGAUGUAAUAAGGGUGAAUUUAUCAGCGGUCUUUCUAAGUAUUUAAGUAUUCUACCCUUUUAUUUGUUUACAUGCAUCUUGACCAAACUUUUGGUUAGGGCUGUGCUGAUGUACUAUUAAUAAUUUAGGCCAGUGCUUCUCAGCAGGUGGUCCCCGGACCAGCAGCUUCAGCAUCACCUGAGAAGUUGUUAGAAAUGCAUACUGCCAGGCCCCAUUUCAGAUGCAGUGAAUCAGAAACCAUGGGGGAGGGGCGCCCAGCAUUGUGUUUUAACAAGCACCAGGUUAUUCUGCUGCACCCAGCUCUCAUUUAAAGAACCACUAAUUUAGUAAAUGUCUUGACUAUUUAGACUUUAGGGUGGUUUAAGUGGGCUUUUUCAAGAACUAGUACUUUCACAGUUAAGGAAAUUUCAAGGUACUACUGGCAAGUAGUUUAUUAUGUCAGUAUAGGUACAUACAUAGUGAUCAUAAUUCAGUUUGCUUUUUAAUGUUACAGUUCCUUUGUUUGCUUUUUCUAAAGGGCCAUAGUAUAAUUCUCAAUUCCUAGUGAAAAUCUUUUUUUGAGGUUGUGGGGAUCGGGUGUGGAUUGCUGUUUACAAUAGUGCCUUCAUUAGGUUUAGUUCUGUUUUCAUUUGUUAUUAACUUAAAGGUUUAAUAACAGGCCCUAAUGUCUUUUCUGUUAGGUUUGUUUUUCACUUAAAGUAAAUUUAGAAUCCUAUUGUAAGUGAUGACUACUGAGGAAAUAAUGUUACUAGUAGUUGAACUUUAGACUUGAUGCUAUAUUGAUUAAUAUUCAAAUGGAGAAAGCAAACAAAACCUAUUCUGCUUUUCUGCUGCUUUUUGGAAUUUUAGGCUGUGAAGCUGUCUCAAAGGCAGAAACUAUGUCUUUUCUUUUUGUAGGUCAUUUUUUCCCCAGCACAGCUCUAAUUUUUAAAUAUUUGGUAUAACAGCUUCUGGCAUGUGAACAGGUUAAUAAUGUUCAAAGUUAACUAAAGAAAACCCUUACAGUUCUCCUGAACUUCUCUAUAAAUCAUUUAGAAAUACACAGAGCAGUGAGAAACUGUAGCUUGUUGGUUAUUAAUAGAAGUCUAAUUUUAGAUGUGAAAUCAUGGAGUUUCUUUAAAUGUUUUCAUGGAGAGUUUGUUAUCAUGAAUAUUAGAAGUAGUGUGAUUCCUUUUCUUCUGCCACAUGUUAAAUGUCUUUAAACAUUCACAUGGGUUAAAGAAGAUGGAAACUGAUACUACUGACAAUCAAGCUGCUUUCUGACUUCCAUGAUUUUCUUUUUAUUGUGGAUAACGGGAGGUAAUCAUGAGUCUGUAGCAGGAGUUGUAAUCAAUAUUUUUUUAAACUCUAGAGUCAAAGGUUGAUAGGAUUUUUACUUUUUUUAACUUUAUCAUAUCAAGUGACUCAUUAAGAAAGAGGUGGAUUUAAAUUCUUAAUUCUCAGUUGAUAUAAAAGCUUAAGCUUUGCUUACAAUCAUGUGUUUUGAAAACUUGAUUUUACUUUAGUUCUUGAAGGUUAAAGAAUUGAAACUGAGGAUGAAAACUGAUGAAUUGCAGCUUUGCUGAGGUCUGUGGUAUGGUAGAUUUUGAAGAGUACUAAACUCAUACUUAAAAAUUUUACUAAAAUGAAAUUAUGUGUAUAUGGUUAUCAGUUGGAGUACUCCCUCUGAAUUUCGACUUACCCCUUCUUUGAUGCUCCUAACCAGCCUUACAGGGCCCAAAGGGAGCUUGAGGUCAGACCCCAGAAUACUUUGAGGAAGGUGGAAAAGGGUCAACCUCGUGUUUUUCCCUUCCAAGUAUAGGAGGAGUAAAAGAGAAGAGCAAAUACAGCUGAAUUUUCUGUCUGCUCUUAGCAAAAGCAAAAUCCCAGAGAAUGACUUGUCUGUUCUCUUUACUUACUCUUCCAGGAAAACGGGCCACUUUUGGAGACCAUAGAGCAGCAUUUAUCUGUUAAAUACUUGGAAACAAUUGGCAGUAACCAGUAAAAGAAAAUCCUAACAGGGUCAUGAUAUAAUAAGACCAAUUUUUCCACUCCCAACAAUCACAUAUUCUUAUUACCUUAGAUUUAACUUGUCACUAUUAAACAAGUUUACCAAAGCACCACAAAGCCAAUUUUAAAAGUUUACAAAGAUUUGAGUGUUUAUAGUAAAGUAUGCCAUGAAAUUUUAUGUAAAUCUGGAUACACUGUCUUUACAGUACUAUAAAUUAGAGAUUGCCCAUAAAGUUGGUUUAGAGGAGGUUGAAAGUAAUUCCUCUGAUUAAAAGAAAAAAAAAUAAAAACAACUUGGGUUUGCUUGUGAUGUGGAAGAGGAAGAUUACAAAGUCUUUUGCCAUCUUUUUCCCCAUUAAAAAAAAACAGCAGUAAAAGACAAAGUUCUCUUGUUUUUGUUAAUGUGCUAUACUGUGUUUUUUCUGUUUUAAUAUCUCAUGUAGAUAAUUCAAGUUGGAAUUCUUUCGUUCUUGGAAUAAGUAAUAAUUUAUUCACUCUGGUAUAUUUCUGAGUUUAAGACCGAUCCAACUCAGUAUUUUUUUCUUUUUAAAUGUAAAUCUAAACUAAUCAAUUAAUAAAAAUGUGAGGCUUAUUUGCUCCAGUGUCAGUUGUCAUCUGUAGAGAAUUGACACCGGAGCAAAUAAGUUUCUCCACCCCUUUAAACAUAGCCUUUAUUAACUUAGGGCAUGAUAAAGUUCCCUCAAACUUUUCAAACAACAUUUUAUUAGAGAUCUUUUUUUUUUUUUAAAGAUUUUGUUUAUUUGCUUAACAGAGAAAGACACAGGGAGAGAGGGAACACAAGCAGGGGGAGUGGGAGAGGAAGAAGCAGGCUUCCUGCCAAGCAGGGAGCCUAAUG